AGUCUAGGAGAGCUUUCAGUCGCACACCACGCUUCGGUAACAGACAAACACACACUACACAACAUGUCUCUGGAACGUCAAGUUCGUGCUAAGCUCGCUUCCAAGCGUAACCCCGAGCAGGAGAGGGAAGCCCAAGAAUGGAUCGAAACGGUCCUUGGCGCUAAAUUCCCCCCCGGUGAAGCUUUCGAGGAUGUCCUCAAGGACGGCACUGUCCUCUGCCAGCUCGUUAAUAAGCUGAAGCCUGGCUCCGUCGCCAAGAUCAACACCUCUGGUGGACAAUUCAAGAUGAUGGAGAACAUUACAAACUUCCAGGCCGCUAUAAAAGCCUAUGGUGUCCCUGACAUAGAUGUUUUCCAGACCGUCGACCUUUGGGAAAAGAAGGACAUCGCUCAGGUCGUCAGCACACUUUUUGCUCUUGGUCGUGAGACCUACAGGCACCCCGAAUGGAGCGGCCCUUACCUUGGACCCAAGCCCGCUGAAGAGAGCAAGCGUGACUUCUCAGAGGAGGUGCUAAAGGCUGGCCAGACAGUGAUUGGCCUCCAGGCCGGUUCUAACAAAGGAGCUACUCAGGCUGGCCAGAACAUGGGCGCUGGUCGCAAAAUCCUGCUCGGCAAGUGAGCACUUCGCUUCAAUUCUGUUCCAAGUGAUAUUAUUUAUAAGAUUUGUGUACAAAACUGAGUAAUACGCGGACACUGCUGUGAACUAAAAAGUUUUUGGAAGAUCUAUCAAGCGUGGUAGUGCUACGUCUCAUGUUACAAGGAGACCAUAUGUAUCUACGUAGUGUGUAACUAUAUCUGUUUGUCUGCAACCCACUGUUCCAUGUAGCAAGAUGAUUUUGUACAUAAGUUUAGGAUAAGUUAUUAUAUUUAUUUCCAUUUUAUAAUUUCUUUUCUUUUUUAAUAAAACUUUAUAUUUGUAACCUAUACCCAUGACUUCAUUUUUGCCUCCUAGUGAUUUAUUCUAAACAAUUGUUUCUGCUACGGCACAAGUCUUU